AUGCGGGACCUCUUCUUGACGCCACAUCCCCUGGAAGAGCGCAGUCAGAUGGUCCAUGACUUGAGGGCCGCGGUGCUUGGAGACAUCAACAGGGCUAGCGUCCGAUCGGGGUGCUUUCUUGCUGGAGAGCUGUUUCAGGGCCCUGAUGGUUUCGUGGAAAGAGGACGAGAGGUCGAGGUCGAAGUCCUCGCUGGUCUGCGCUUGCGACAAUCGGGCGAUGACGGCGUCGAAGGUGGUGUAGGGGCGGUUAAGUACGCCUCGGCCAAUCGCUGUAUAAUUUGUGUCUUCUCAGGGAGGAGGAUACUGCCGUCGGCUCUGAGGAGAGUAGCAGUGCCUUUGGUUUGCAGUCUCUGGACAGAUUAGACCGCGAAAAAUAA